CGCUACGAUCAGUCCCCACCAGGCCACCAGUCUGCUCUCCGCAAUCUGAAACGAAAAGCCGAAAACCAAUUCCCAUCUUUCUAGUAGCAGCUCUGUCUCUCGCUCUCUCUCGUUCGCGCUUUCUGGAGACUGAAUUGAAUCUUGGCCUUGUAUUGAUCUUUCGUCAUCAUCUUGGACCUUGGUCGUCUUGAUCUUGAAUUCGAUCGCUACCAUGGAGGUCCCGUCCAACUCCAUCCCCGACUAUUCGUCGAUCCCGCAGCAGCAGCAUCGUCACCGUCACUCUUCUGCACAUCCAUCUAACCCACCGUCGGCUUCUCCUCACCCUGUAGACACAACCUCUGUUUCCCAGAGACUGCAGAAGGAGUUAAUGUCACUUAUGAUGAAUGGUGGAGAUCUUGGAGUAUCAGCUUUUCCUGAUGGCGAGAGCAUUUUUACAUGGAUUGGCACGAUUGAAGGUGGAAAAGGAACUAUAUAUGAGGGUUUAUCUUAUAAACUCUCCUUACGGUUUCCCCUGGACUAUCCCUUUAAGCCACCACAAGUUAAGUUUGAGACCAUGUGCUUUCAUCCAAAUGUUGACCAAUUUGGCAACAUUUGCCUGGACAUUCUUCAGGACAAAUGGUCUUCAGCUUAUGAUUGCAGAACUAUUCUUCUGUCGAUUCAGAGUUUAUUGGGAGAGCCUAACCCAGAGAGUCCUUUAAACAGUUAUGCUGCAGCGCUUUGGAACAAUAAAGAAGACUACAGGAGAAUGGUGCAUAAACAAUAUUUUGCCGGAGAAACACUUGAAAGCUGAUUGAUGCAAUUGGAGUCAGACAGGUCAUUUAGCUUACACACGAUAGUUGCAAAGCUCUGAAGUGAAAUUCUUGAGCCCAGGCAUUUGGCGUAGUUUACGUUGUGCUGAUAUAUUUACCAGAGAUUACAAGGAUCAGAAGCGCUCUGAUAAAAAUGAAUUGAUAUUUCUUUCUGUAUAAAAAUUGUAAAAUUGUUUAUGGCGAAAGGGGAAAGUAAUUCUGAUGUAUAA